CAAAGAGAAACCAUCUGACGUUGGGUCAGCGCGGUAUAUGCGUUGCCUUUUGGUCCAACCACCUACCGCAGGUCUUUGUCAUUCACGUUUGUAUAGACAUGCUUUGUGUAUCCUUUUAGUUCUUCACAUGUUCCAUGAAACGACUGGACCGAUCGAAGCAGUCACGCUUCACCCUCAACGAGACGCCCAAGGCGGCCGGUGGCUCGCCACGUAAGAACAAGGCCGCUUUCGGUGUCUUCUCACCGAAACGAGGCGUUGCACAAGGCGUUGCAGAAGCGGAACGGCCCAGGUGGCUGCCGCUGGAGGGACCUGGAAAUUCGGCCGUGCCGCCCGAGCGGUGGGCCAUGUCCGCGACGCAGUUCCAUGGCUUCCUGGGUGCGUGUAAGGCGACGCAGGUCUACCAGGCGCUGGUGCAAGAAGAGAAGGUCGACAUGUACAAGAUCUGCGAUUUGUUUGUCAAACCCUGGACCCUGGGCACUGGCAACAGUGUGGCGUUGCUCCUGAACCCUCAGCCACUAGCAGCAGAAGUGAUGAUUUCACAUGCCUGGGCAGAGGAGAUCGAUGAGUGUUCUGAGGCGUUGAUGUUGCACUUCGCACGCUAUACGAUCACGGAGGCCACUGCUUGCUGGUUUUGUGUGUUUUCGAUGUACCAGCCGGGUGACGUCAUCACUAUUCAAGAGCAGCUGGAACUGGAUCCCUUUGGCCGAGUUUUGUCAACAAUGAAUCAGCUGAGCCAACAAGCCUUCGAUGAAGCCAGAGGGAUGGUCGUGAUCCAUACGUCCGCUUCAGAGGUCUACGAACGUUUGUGGUGCGUCUUCGAGAUCGGGAAGGCCACCUUGGACGGUGUUCCAACGAAAGCAGCCUGUUCCUUUGCUUACAUCGUGGCACAAUCAAGCCGAAGCAAGGAAAGCCUGCAAGUCUUCACCGAAAAUGCUCGGUGUUCGGUUCCGGAGGAUGAGGAACGGAGGAUGAGGAACGAAUCCGUGAGCUGAUGAUGAGCGACUUCGGUGGCGCUGAGAUGCUCAAUCGGAUGAUUUGGGACUUCCGCCUGGCCAUGAUGCGCCAGAUGGGCUAUGAACUGCGCGACGGCGGGUGGCAUGCCAUUCCGAACACCAGCUUCUACCGCAAAGGGAAGAAUGCCUCCGCCGAGCUGCUUGAGCUGCAGGCAGAGUGCCUGCGAAAGCUGGCGUUAAGUUUUGAUUCGUGAAGCUCAGAGAGCCAAACAAGAAACCCAUUGAGGGUAGAUGGAGCUUUCUGAAGAAAGUUGAAUUAUAACAUUUGCUGAACAAAUGAAUGAUGUUAAUCGCAUGUUGUGUGUUAUUCUGGCUGAUCUCGCCUUGAAUCAACAUUAUUUGAUGCUACAGCGGAUGUCGCCCAAAGGGCAAAUCCCAGAAUGGCUUCAUAAAAAGAUCACAUGUCAUGUACAUAGGCUCAAUCAUGCGGCGCGUUUCACCGCAACAGGA